AUGGCCAGACGAACGACUGUUGCCGACUACCAGGACUCUCGUGAGCCACAUCCUUUGUCGUCCUUCUCCGCAUUUUCCGCUCCACCCUCGUCUGCGGGAUCUAUACAGUCCACCCCGGCUGGUCCAACGUUAAGAACUCGCUCUGCUACCCGUGCUGAGAACGCUUUGAAUACCGCCGAUACGACAGGUAUAUCAUCAACUGGGACUGUUUCUAGGAAGCGUAAAGCAGCCACGCGUCGUGGCAAACCGCACGACGAGCCCGAGCCUCCCUCACAGCCCAGCUCACCACCGAGGAAGAUCAAGAGACAGCGUACAGCAGUUGCCACCUCUUCGAGCACAGCUCCCUUAGCUCCUGCUCCCUCGUCUGCUGCUCCUCGAUCUCGCCAGCUUUCUCGAAACCGUCCCGCCAUGUCACAGCCUGGCCCUUCAUCACAACCCUCCGAUGAAACCUCUAGAGUACGAGCCUCAUCUUCUAAUUCCAGAAGAAAAUCAGGGCGAAGUGGUAAAUCAACUCGUCGAGACAAAGAUGCCCUCCCUACGGGCGCAGAUAACCAUACCAGUCAAUCGCCACAACAUCGAUCGAAGAAACGCUCGCACAAAUAUAGCCCAGAUGUGCCAAUGAAGGAUGUUGACAGCCAAGCGAGCGAAGCAGAUCCUUCAAAGGAAGACGAUGACGACCAAUCCUCGCAGCCAAGUGAGAGCAAUGAUGACAACCACACCGCUGGAUUGAUGGAUGAAGAUGAUGGCGACCCAUUCCGCAAUGCAUUGUUUGGAUCCCGCACCCCGUUGGGCCUACAAAAUACUCUUCGAGCUCUUACGGGUAUGAUGACUAGCAUGUCUUCGCGGCUACGUGAGAUUCUGGGGCAAUUAAGGAUGAAAGAGGAUCCAUCCAUUCAGUUGAUUGCUUUGCAAGAACUGUCUGAUCUCCUGCUCGUUUCGAAUGAAGACAACCUCUCCGGUCAAUUUUCUCCAGAUUCAUUUGUCAAAGAGUUGGUCAAACUUAUGCAACCAAGUGAGACCGGCGAGGAAAACCCCGAGAUUAUGCUUUUGGCCUGUAGAUGUCUCGCCAAUAUGAUGGAGGCUCUUCGAGGAUCGGUGACGAAUGUUGUCUACGGUGGAGCAGUUCCAGUGCUGUGUCAAAAACUACUCGACAUCCAGUUCAUUGAUUUGGCUGAGCAAGCUUUGAGCACACUGGCAAAAAUUUCCGAGGAUUUCCCAGCAUCCAUCGUUCGUGAAGGUGGACUCACUGCUUGCCUGACUUAUCUAGAUUUCUUCCCAACGAGCACGCAACGCACAGCCGUUACCACAGCUGCGAAUUGUUGUCGAAGCCUCCCCGGGGAUUCGUUUCCUGUCAUUAGGGAUGUCAUGCCGACAUUGUUAAACGUGUUAUCAAGCAACGAUCAGCGGGUGGUUGAACAGGCCUGCCUUUGUGUGUCGCGAAUUGUGCAGAGUUUCCGAAACAAGCCCGAGAAGCUAGAAGAACUCAUUGAACCGGCUAUGCUAAAGGCGAUUCUUCGACUACUUGUACCUGGAACGACAAACUUGAUCGGACCACAUAUCCAUACCCAGUUUCUGCAGGUACUUGGCAUUGUCGCUCAAGCUAGUCCUCGCUUAUCCGUCGAACUGCUUCGAAUGGAUGUUGUCGACACUCUCUACCAGAUACUUACCGGAGUUUCCGCACCACGUGAGGAUGAUACUGCCGGUAUCAAGGUCGAUAAUGUUGUCAUUAUGCAAGCAUUGGUACAUCGUCCUCGUGAGCAAGUCUUUGAGACCCUGGGUGUGAUUUGCGAAUUACUCCCUGGGACCCAAAACCUGCAGGGCCCCCUGUCCCGGUUCGAUAACGCUUUGACUAUCAAUCUACAAUCUCGAUUUGCGCCUGUACGUUCCUCGUCCAAGUUGAAAGAAUCGGCUGAGAAGAGGCGUAUAUUGCUUGCAGACUGCAAGACAGAACUGAAGCGAUUCGCCAUGGUUCUUCUACCGACUCUUACCGAUGUUUAUUCCAGUACUGUCAACCUAGGCGUCAGACAGAAAGUUCUCCUAGCACAGCUCAAGAUCAUUCAAGAACUUGAUGCAAAUGUACUUCAUGAAGCUCUUCGAACAGUACCGUAUGCAUCUUUUCUAGCAGCGAUUCUCUCGCAACAAGAUCAUCCGCUAUUAGUGUCAUAUGCUUUACAAUGUGCCGAACUACUUUUUGAACGACUACCAGAUAUCUAUCGUUAUCAGUUUCAUCGAGAAGGCGUCAUCGCGGAGAUUGCCGACUUGGCUGCGAAGCCGUUAUCCUCCGAAAAAGCAUCAUCCGACGUCAAGCCGCCGAGCGAAACUACUGCCCCAAUUCAUGCUGCAGAGCAAUCUGAUUCGCGAGCCACCAGUGAAGAUCCAAGCGCCUCGCGUGAUGACAGUGCAGAUGACAACGACGAUGAGGACGACGACGAGGAUGAAGAUCACGAUGAUGACGACGAUAAUGAAGAUGAUGAUGACGAUGCUUCGGAAUCGGAGAGCUCGGCAUCCUUCAACGCACCUCGAUUAGUCAACCAGAGCAUGGAUGAUAUGAUGCAGGACCAUGUUAUUACUACUGCCCGAGCUUUUGUUCGGCUAUAUGAGCAAGCGGAGUGCACGGACACAAUGGCAGAUAAAGCAAGCAAGAUCCUCAAGGAUUUGCAAGCUUUAGCUUCUAAAAUCAAAUCUACAAAAGAAGUUGGCUGGGGAGCAGAUUACACACCCGUGUUCCAGACGCUGGCGUCUUAUUUCGGCGGGGACGCUGUAGACAGCAUCACCAGCGCUGAGCUUCUUAGAUCUGGUAUUAUCGAUGUACUAGUAGAGAGCUUCACUUCACCCGACGUGACGCCUAGGGCUCGUGUCAGCUUCCUGAAGGCGUUUAUGGGUACGACUGUAUCUCGGGAGGCUUCACAAACAUCGCCGUUCAGCAAAUUGAUUCAUAAACUCCAUGAUCUCCUUAGUAGAACUGAACACUUCGAAGUGAUCACUGUCGGCCACAACUCUCUCGAAAUUACAAGGAGCAAUGCAACUCAUAUGCUUGGCAAACAAGUCCGUCUCAGGUUGGUUGCUGAUGAAGGAUCGGAUAUUCCCAGGCCAUACAAGAACAUCAUGGUCUCAAUCCAUGCAAUCGCGACCUUCAAAUCGCUCGAUGACUUCUUACGACCUCGAAUCACUUUGUCUGAACGCCCUAGGCCAUCACGUAAUCUCGACUUUUUAUCACAGCUUGCCAAUGCGGAUCGAUUACGUGACUCGCCCAAUGCCAGCCAGAGCUCCACCGAGAAUGACCCACAGCCACCUUCUGACCGUCGUCGGGGCCUUCCUAAAGAAGUACUUUCGGCGCUACGAGGCGAACUUGAUGGACGAGAUCGUCGACAUGGAACCCAUCGAUCAAGCAGGACGCAGCCAUCAAAUCAAGCAGAUGAGGAGCCGAGUGACGAUAGGCCACUGGAGUGCGCCGAUGAAAAACAGUUGAGUGAUGAAGAUGAUGAUGAAGAUGUAGGUGACGAUCAGGACGAGGAGUUGAACGCUAUCGUGGAUGACCUGGAUGAAGAGCUCUCAGAUGCUCCUGGUCCAGAACCGACCGCGGUCAACAUGGAGAUUGCAUCUACUGGAAAGGUUACCGCGCGCAAGGAGGAUGGAACCCGUGUUGCCACCCCGUCUCAAUCACAAGCCCUCGGUCGCGGCUCUUCCUCCACGCCGAACUCCGAUCUACCUGCCAUGGGCGGCGAUUCAUUGGCGAUGGCAGGACGCCCCUUCUCUUCAUAUGCUGCUGCUGUAGCGGCAGUGCCACAAGAUUGGCACAUACAGUUCAGUAUCGAUGGACAACCAAUCACUAACGAUACGACAGUCUACCGUGCUAUCCACCAUAGUCGAGCACAUGACGAGGAUGGUGGUCGAAAUGUUUGGACAUCGGAGCAUACUGUGCAGUUCAAACGAAUGCCUGGUCCCCCACCGCCAGAAGCAUCUUCUCUUUCUGCUGCGUCCCGUAACGCAGAUGCCAAAGAUGAACAGACUGGCCUUCCCAUAUCCCUGAGCAAAGAACCCACUACAGGGUCUAUUCUGCAGCUUUUGCGAGCCUUACACGGGAUGAAUGUACACCUUGACGAUCUUUGUGCCGAGAAUGAGGAACUGGUGGCCGUGAAAGCAGAACCAGUAGCACAAUUUAUCAAUAACAAAUUGACAGCUAAAUUGAAUCGGCAGUUGGAGGAACCAUUGAUUGUGGCUAGUAGCUGCUUACCCAGCUGGAGUGAAGAUCUUGCCCGCGAAUUCCCAUUCUUGUUUCCUUUUGAAACGCGUCAUCUCUUCCUCCAAUCAACAGCCUUUGGAUACUCUCGAUCGAUGAUGCGUUGGCAAAACUCGCAACCCGAAGACAGCCGGCGUGACCUUCGGCGGGAUGACCGUCCGUUCCUCGGUCGUCUUCAGCGACAAAAGGUGCGAAUCUCUCGGUCUCGUAUUCUCGAUUCAGCUAUGAAAGUGAUGGAGCUAUACGGCUCAUCUGCCAGCAUCCUUGAGGUCGAAUACUUCGAGGAAGUCGGCACCGGUUUGGGUCCGACCCUGGAGUUUUAUUCGACAGUAUCUAAAGAGUUCUCAAAAAAGAAACUCAAGAUCUGGCGGGAAAACGAAUCCGUGGACAAGAGCGAAUAUGCUUUUGGUAAGUACGGUUUGUUCCCAGCGCCUAUGAGUGAUCAACAAGCCGAAUCGGACCUUGGCAAGAAACAACUUCUUCUAUUCAAGUCACUUGGCAAAUUUGUAGCACGAUCUAUGCUCGAUUCCCGCAUCAUUGACAUCAACUUCAACCCUACCUUUUUCCGUGUAGGCACUCCUGGCUUUGUUCCAUCCUUGGGCGCCGUCAAGACUGUGGAUCGAGAUCUCGCAAACUCCUUGCAACUUGUCAAACGAUUCGUUGACGCCAAGUUCGAAAUAGAGGAAGAUGAUGACCUUACUUGGGAUCAGAAAAUGAUGGCCCUGGAAGAAUUAGAGAUUGAUGGAGUCCGGGUUGAAGACCUGGGCUUAGACUUUACACUUCCAGGCUAUCCCGCCAUUGAGCUGAUCAAAGAUGGUUCCAACACGAGUGUACAAACCAGUAAUAUCGACAUGUACCUAGACCGUGUCAUCGACUUCACAUUAGGCGAGGGUGUAGAACGACAGAUCGAGGCAUUCCGUUCUGGAUUUUCGCAAGUGUUCUCUUACUUGGCAUUGCGUUCUUUUACCCCGAAUGAGCUGGUGAUGCUGUUUGGACGUAUUGAAGAAGACUGGUCUAUGGAGACACUAAUGGAUUCCAUCAAAGCGGAUCACGGCUUCAACAUGGAUAGCAAGAGCGUACGAAACUUGUUACAGACCAUGAGUGAAUUGGACCCUCAACAGCGGCGAGACUUUUUACAAUUUGUUACUGGUAGUCCCAAGCUUCCAAUUGGAGGCUUUAAGAGUCUCACCCCUAUGUUCACCGUGGUGUGCCGUCCCAGCGAACCUCCAUAUAUGCCAGACGAUUACUUGCCCAGUGUGAUGACCUGCGUGAACUAUCUCAAACUCCCCGACUACAGCAGUCUAGAAGUACUCCGCGAACGCCUCCUCGUUGCCACCAAGGAAGGACAAGGCGCAUUCCACCUGUCAUGA